AUGUCCGUUUGUAGGAGGAUAAACAAACUGCUAAACCAGCAGCCACAGGUCGCAUUCAGGUAGCUAGCGUUAAUUCUCUCUCAACCUCCGAUGGAUAUUUUGUGUUUUAAAUUUACGUUGGAUAGGUGUGACUAUGGGAAAGUCCUUUUCCCACCUCUUUAAGCAGACAGGCCAAGAUGAGGGCCAGGAGAGCCUCACCUCUCCUCUGGAGGACUCCCAGACCGACGAGGGGAAGGGUGGGGACGUCUCCCAGUUUCCUUAUGUGGAGUUCACAGGAAGGGACAGUGUGACGUGUCCAACGUGUCAAGGCACCGGGAGGAUCCCCAGAGGACAAGAAAAUCAACUCGUGGCAUUGAUUCCAUACAGUGACCAAAGGCUGCGACCCAGGAGGACGAAGUUGUAUGUGUCAGCAUCUGUCGUGGUCUGCCUGCUGCUGUGCAGCCUUGCUGUCUUCUUCCUCUUCCCUCGCUCCAUCGAUGUGUCCUACGUCGGAGUAAAGUCGGUUUUUGUCAGCUACGACCAAGACAAACGCAGCGUUUAUCUCAACAUCACGAACACCCUAAACAUCACCAACAACAACUACUACUCAGUGGAGGUGGCCAACAUCACAGCUCAUGUGCAGUUUGCCAAGACGGUCAUUGGUAAAUCUCGCAUCAGCAACAUAACUGCCAUCAGUCCUCUGGACAUGAAACAGAUUGACUACAUGGUUUCCACCAUCAUCGCAGAUGAGUUGAACUACAUGUAUGACUUCUGCACUCUCCAGACCAUCAAGGUUCACAACAUUGUCGUUAUGAUGCAAGUGACCGUCACCACCACGUACUUUGGUCAUGCGGAGCAGGUGUCUCAGGAGAUGUACCAGUAUGUUGACUGCGGAGGGAACACCACCACCAUCAGAGGGAUGAAGCCAUUCAGCAUCCCACAUCCUGCUGAGUGACCCCACCACUUCUCCUCCACCUGCACCGUCACAAAACAUCAAUCCACACUAAGACAAGAAAAGGACCUUUCAAAUGGAAGUCAAUAGCCUCCAGGAGAGAGAAAACGGUGGUACUGGUACUUAAUAAUUCUAAGAUGCUAGACAAUGAUUUCAUAAUAACAUGCAUCUUAUUGCAUACAUUACAGAGUCUCACAAUUUGAGUUCCACAUCUCAAAACUCCUAAAAACAACAUGUGUAUCUUAAAAUUACAAGAGUAUUGUGUCCUACUUGGAAGAUUCAUAUCUCAGCAGAGCAGUCGUUAGGUGCUGAUGAACUUUAGUCUCACAAGUGUUAUUCCCACUUUUACCACUUACUCACUCCCUCAAAUGGUUUUGGUUCCAAUGCUCAUUUAUAUUUUCAAUCCUUGGUUGGAGUAAAAACUGCUAAUCGCUUUUCAUCAAGCAAAACUUCUAAAGUUUAAAGUUAGACAAGUGGGAUACUCGUACACUAGAUCAACUUUUACUCUUCUGUGGUAGGCGUCUUUGUAGAGACAGAGUUGGCCUUCUUGUGAGAACAUAAUAUUUAUUUAUGAGUUAUAAUCUCCGAAUUGGCAUAAAUAAUGAGCAACGUAGCAAAGUUAUUUUCCAAAGAUGACUGGCUUAAGAGUCAUCACAGCUGCUCUUUUCCUGCUUCAAAUGAUAAAAAUCUAAUCUUUGUUAUUUUGUAAAGAUUCCUACAUACCGUAGUCAACAUUUUAUUGUGCCAACACUAAUGAGUAGAUACCACUCCAUGAUGAUUUUAUGCAAGACGAGGGAACGAAAAGGGCAUUUGUUGAAAUAAUCUGUAUUUCACUACCUACCAAUUCGUUUAUACAUAUAAAUAGCACACUUAAUCAGCAGUGCCAAGUUCUCUGAGGCAACAGUGUGUUUGCAAUAUUCAGAUACUGUGGUGUCUGAAAUAAGCUCAUAUUUUACGUAGUGUUUGCUUUGAAUUUGUAUGAUCUUCUGACCCUUGUAUAGUAAUCAUUUCAUAUAUGCAUUGGAUACAUUUUUAUCUCUCUUCAACCUGUAAUUCGUUUGAAAGAAGUGACAUUCCAUUUAAAAGAAAAGUUUGAAUUCUGAGUACAUCACAACAAGGGAUGAAUUGGACUUAGUGAGGCCUGUACUGCUCCUUAGAGAGCCGCAUAGAAAGGUACUACAUUAAAUCUGCACGGGGGGGGGGGGCAGGUUGGCAGUGCUAACUAAUGUAUUGAAGCGGGAGGAGUUGCUCUUGCUCGUGUAGUAGCAGCUCUUCCGCAUAGUGGAACGACUAAGAGAAACUCAACCUCAUCAGAAGGUCUGGUGAGUUCAGGUCCACAUUUCGAUAUUUAGGUCUGCAGUUUUAGGACUUGUUGAUAUUUUUUAAAGCUGCAGAAAAUUGAAAAUGUAAUUUCAGGAUAUUUAUUGUAUUCAACAAAUGCCAGAGACAAUGUGGAUCCCUGGAACUUUUUUGUCAUAAUGUCAUAAUACUGUCAUGGACUCCAGCUGUAACAUUUGUAUUGAGUGGGACUUUAUCCUAACAUGCACCUUAAAAUUUCACUUUUGAAAAGCUAUUUUAGCUACCUCUGCUGUAGUUUCAAACAUUUUGUCUUUCAUUAUCUAUAGUGACUUUUUUUUGUGGGAGCAUGAAUAAAGUUUUGAAACCUGA